CUGUUGCACCGUCAUCGCCUCAUUGCUUGUUGAUUGUGGGAAAGUUACAAUGGAGCACUGAAGUCGUGCUUUCAUUCCUAUUUUUCUUUUCUUUCGACGGCCUUCUCCGUCGUCAGGCCAAUCCACCGCCCAGCUGUCACUCCGGUCGCUGAGGUGCAGGUCCCGUCCGAGAUAAUUGCUUAUCAAUCAGUGGCCCCGAUCGCCGCCGCGCCCACUGCAACACCCUAGCCACCAUGGAAGACAACGCCGAACUCGAGUCUUUUCGGCGCCAGUGGCGCGAGGAGGUCUCGCGCAAGUCAAGGCCAUCGAGACCUGAACCAGCUCACCCCAAGCCAUCCAGAUCCUCCGCAGCCCCGUCGAGCCAUUUACCUCCUACCCGCCACGAGGCAUCGGAGCGCAAAGAGGAAGAGGAAGGAGGCGCGACAUCUGUUGACCACGGAGAGAUCGUUCAUGGAGUCGGGCAUUUGAGCUUAGGAGUAUCUGAUGAAGAUGCGUUCCACUCGCGAGCACCUCGAAGCGAGCCCAAGUCGGCUUUGGAGCACUUUGAAAGAGCGGUCGAGAAGGAAGCCGAGGGAAAUCUGGGAGACAGUCUACAUCACUACCGCAAAGCAUACCGGUUAGAUGCAGCUGUCGAUAAAACAUACCGAAACAAGCAUUUUGCCUGGGCAUGGAAGAAGCCUGCGCAGACCGCAGCUCCCAGUGCUUCAGCCGGCAGUGCCGCGACAACGCAACAACCCACCGAUGAACCAACGACUGUGCCAACGCCUGAGCUCAUCGAUUCUUUUGCCCAUCUUCCUAUCCCACAAGCCGAGCCUCUCAUUGAGAAUACACCGCCUCCCCCAUGUCCCAUUGCGAAGGUCCCAUCUGAGGUUCUGGUCGAGAUCUUGAGGCAUGUGGCCUUGAUAGACCCGGCAGCAUUCUGUCGGACGGCGUUGGUCUGCAAACGUCUGGCGUAUCAUUUUGCGAACGAGCAGCACAUCUGGAAACGCCUUUGCCAGGGCUCUGAUUUCGGAUUUAAAGCUAUGCAUUAUUCGUUCGCUUGUGAUAUCCAUGGCAUACCGGAGUACACUUUGGCGCCUCGUUACACCCCCUUCCCUCGGUCGAUGCCCAUACAAAUUCCUGAACCGUUGUCCUCUUGGGGUGAGGUCUUUCAGAUGUUCCCUCGGAUUCGGUUCACGGGUAUCUACAUUAGCACUGUCAAUUACACCCGCCCAGGUGCCGCCUCGGUGUACCAGAACACUUCAUGGAACAGUCCCAUUCAUAUAGUGACCUACUAUCGCUAUCUACGCUUCUAUCCGGAUGGGACGGUCAUUUACUUACUUAGCACGGUGGAGCCCUUGGAUGUGGUCCCCUAUAUCAGCCAAGAAAACCUCAAGGCUGCGCGGGCAAUCUCCCAGAAGCAGCAUCGUCAAGCGCCAGACGCAGGCUCGACGGCUACUGAUACUAUUCCUCCCGUUGCAAUGGGAGCGCUGAAGCAGGCUCACCGGGGUCGCUGGCGCUUGGCCAAACCGGCACCCGCCUCCGAUUCGCCUGAGGAGGCUACACAGGAUGAUAUCAUUUCCGAAUAUGACUCGUUGCCAGCCAAGGCUCAAUCGACGGGCGCACCCGACCCUCGUGAUCUGAUCAUUGAAACCGAGGGGGUGGGACCGAAGUACAUGUACCUCCUGCAGCUCUCUCUUCGGUCAGUGUCAGCAUCCAAACCCAGUAACGCUAACAUGACGCCACCCAACCCGUCCAAGAACACCAAGCUGGCUUGGAAGGGCUACUGGAGUUACAACAAGCUCACGGACGACUGGGCAGAAUUUGGACUCAAGAACGACCGGGCCUUUGUAUUUCGACGUGUACGUGGCUGGGGUAUGCACUGAACAUAGAAUCGGUAGACACGGCUAUAGUAACUGUAGAAUGGCAUCAUUGCCAAUGCGGAUGAAGGCAUAGAUCUAAAAGAAUGAUAAGGUCAUAUAGCAAGAUUAGCUGAUUAAAGAAGUAUAAUCCACACACCUC